GCACCCCACUGAUGCGUACUUCUCCGCCGCCGCGGGUUUCCUCGAGCGGAAUUUUGUUUGUUUCCGUUUGCUCCCGUCGUCGCCUUAAACUCCAGUGGCUUCUGGCCAAAAGCCAGGUGACUGUUUCCAUGGUGAUGAGACUUUUUUUGUGUUUCAGCUGGAAGGAAGGAAGGAGAGAGGGAGGGAUGGAGAAAGAGAGAGAGAGAGAGAGAGAGAGAGAAAGAGUUUCUCAUCCAGCAAGCUGUGGCAAUACAAUUGUACAGAUUUGUCAUGCCAAUAAUGCGUAUUGAAUUGAAUUAAAAUUGUGUGAGAGAGAGAGAGAGGGGAGAAUGACAAAGAGCAUCAAGCAUGCCUCAGGACAUUCAGCAGGUCUUCAGAAGAGAAUUUCAAAGUCUUCAUCCCGUUUGAACAAUUUAAACUAUGGCAAAAUAUACAGUUUAUUUUCUUUGCAGUCACUCCACUCCAUUACUGUUUGAAAUACUGCUGUCUAGUUCUAAGGUGAAUUCCUUGAUCACUGGGGUUCACUGCACUUGUUGUCAAGAAACUUCCUGGACAAUGGACAGAAGAUGGAAACUUGCUCUCCACCCGUUCUACCCCGAAACAGUUUGUGAUGAGUUUAGAUUUUGAUCCAGGAUAAUUUGCAAGUGGAAAAAAAGUAUCCACACCCAUUACCGGAAUAGGCUGUUCAAAUCUGCUGAUUUUGACAAACUGAAGUAUUCCAAACCCUUUGAGUAUGUGGCACAACAUGAAGAACUGCAGUAGCUAGACUUUUUUUGUAAGAUCAUAUUUUAGUGUUUAAAAAACUGGUGUUCAGUGUGAUUUUUGUGUGCAUAUUUUAACACACUAUUUUGAACAUGACUGCGUAUUUCUCUGAAGGAGGAGGUGGGGAGCAGGCUCCUUGUUGGCAACAGAAUGGGCCGUUCCAUUUUGCCCUAUGUGCAUCAAAGGCAAAGCGGAUAUCCCAUUAGAAGUGCACUGCAGAAUCUUUAUUGCCUAAUUAAUUAUCGGCACUGUGGCUCCUCUAUAUGUGCAGAUGACUCAUUAUGACCUCACUCAUGCAAAUCCUGCAUGCCUCCUCUCUCCUGGGCCCCGUGGUGUAUCUGACCCCAUGUGAAAUGAGUGUGCCUGUGCCUGUGCCUGUGCACGCCGAUAACACGCUGCACCAGGGCUUCAUCCGUUCCUCCUCCUUUUUUCUUCCUCCUCUUUCUUCUCUGCAUCCUUUCAUUUAAGCUCACCCUCUUCGUUUCCCUACCAGUCGGAAACGCUGCGCCCCUGGUUCAUUCUCCUCUCUGCCUUCUCUUCACUCUCUUAUCUCCAUGGUAACCCUCUUUCUUGGUGGCACCUUCACAUCUCCGUGGUAACCCUCCAUCUGGGUGGUACCCUCCUGUCUCCGUAGUAACACAUCCCGGAUGGAACCCCUCGUCUCCAUGGUAACCCCCUGUCCGGUUGAUGAUGCUGUCUCUCUGUGGAGCUGAGAGGAUGUCCCGUUGCAGGAGGGGCAGGUUCUGCACCUGCGCUCUUACACCUGCUGCACACGUCUUUUCUGGCCCCUGAGUCUCAACUCGUUGCCAUGGCGCCUGCUUCCCCUGCUCGACUAAUGAGGGUCUAUCCCUGAGGGACCUGCAGGGGCACCGGCCCCUCGUUGUGCUCAGCUCACAUCCACCGUGCAGAGACAAACACAGAGCCAAACUGUGCAGGACCACAGCGGUCUGGUGCUAUGGGAACCACAGAGCCAAACUGUGCAGGACCACAGCGGUCUGGUGCUAUGGGAACCACAGAGCCAAACUGUGCAGGACCACAGCGGUCUGGUGCUAUGGGAACCACAGAGCCAAACUGUGCAGGACCACAGCGGUCUGGUGCUAUGGGAACCACAGAGAAAUGUGCAGGACCACAGCGGUCUGGUGCUAUGGGAACCACAGAGACAAACUGCAGGACUAGAGGGGUCUGGUGCUAUGGGAACCACAGAGACAAACUGCAGGACUAGAGGUGUCUGGUGCUGUGAGAACCACAGAGCCAGACUAGUUAUUUUUCUUACUUGUAGUGUUCUGUUCCAUCCAAUCUCUCUGCAUCGGUCUCUCUCUCUCUCUCUCUCUCUCUUUCUCAGCCCCUCUCAUUCUCUUCCUCUGCAAAAUGAUAAGCUCAAUUGCCUCUGGAAUCAGCACAGGGGUGGGUGACAUUAAUGAAAACAUAUCAGGCAAAUGCACCUAAAUGAGCUUGGGGCCAGUGCAAUAGAUUUGUCCCUCGUGUUUAGUAGCUUUGUGAUAGAUACAGAGGAAGGCAUGUAAUCCUGUACAGCUAGUUCAAGUAGGUCUUUUUUCCUGUUGGUUUACACUGUGUAGUGUUAUGUGCAACAGAUGUACAUGUUGUUGCCGCACACGUUGUAGAUUUACAAUAUAGAGGAUUAUGUGUGGCUAAUUUAUACUGUGCAGUGAUCGCUGGAUUACCGUUACACGGAUGGUCAAGCUUAAAUUUAGUAGUAAUCCCCUAUGUGCAAAAACGUGUAUGCGCGUGUGUGUCUACAUGUGUGUGCUUGCCUGUGCUGGUACCCGAUCGCAUGUGGUGUGCGGCCAGUGGUUGCCGUGGAAGCAACAGGGAGGUAUGUAGUCAAGCGGACAGAUGUGCUGUGGUGAUGUAUGUCCCAGAACAAUCACCGGUCCUGCAGGAGGAAGGAUUCCCAGAGCUUCUCCUCUUCUUCUCCCCCUUCCCUCUCUCUUCCCUGUCUCUCUCUCUCUCUCUCUCUCUCUCUCUCUCUCUCCCUCACCCCUCCACUCUUCAGGCUCCCCUCCAUCUCAUCCUCCUCCUACGGAUUGAAACGUUUCCAAAUGCCUGUAAGCGCAGGGAGAAAUCAUGUCUGUGUUAGACCUACUUAGUCCACAGCGUUUGUACAAAUGCCCUCCUGCUGUUUGUACUGUAUGUGCGUGCGUGUGUGUGUGAGAGAGAGAGAGUGUGUGUGCGUGCGUGUGUGUGUGAGAGAGAGAGAGUGUGUGAGGUUGCCUCAUCAGCACAUUAGAUACUUGUAACUUGCUUUGGGUAUAGAGACAUUAAUGAGGGCAUUAAUGAGGAUACCAAAUGCAUGCCAAUAAAUAAUUUUUAACUGAAUUUACAGAGAAACUCCUCCUCACAGAAUUUAUGUAGGUAGUUGCCUGUAGGUAACUGAAACCUUUGCUUUGGAAACAGGGUAUUAUGUCAAACCAAUAAAGUAUCUUUACAUUUUUAUAAAAGCAAUGAGGAUGACUGAUAGGGACUACUGAAGCCCACAACUAUUAUGUCAUUAUCACUAAGGGUUUUGGUAAUCUGUGGGGGAGGAGGACAGAUUUUUGAACUGUGGUCUGAACUGUGUUGUGACUGUUUUCAUCAAUCCACAAAGUGUGUGUGUGCUCGCUUGUGCAUGUAUGAUGUAUGCAUGUGCAUAUGUUUGUGUUUUGUAUCUGUGUGUGUGUGCGUGUGUGUUUGUGUAUGUGUGUGUGUGUGUGUGCUUGCUUACAUGUAUGAUGUGUGCAUGUUUGCGUGUGUGUGUUUUGUGGCUGUGUGGGUGUGUGUGUGUAUGCACAUUUGAAUAUAUGCGUGUGUGUGUGUGGGGGCGGGCUGAUCAAAUGGCUAUUAUCAACAGCCGAAGGUACAGUGGGUGAGAGCGCGAGAGAGAGAGAGCGAGAGCGAUCGAGAGAGAGAGUGAGGGAGCAAGAAAGAGAGAGCGAGAGAGGGGGUGGGGGACAGAGUGAGAGAGAGAGGAAGGGAGGGAGGAAGGAGAGGGAGAGAGAGGGAGGAGGGAGUGUAGAGGACCGAAGCUGCAGGAACGUUCAGAUGAGUGUGGGAGUAGUUGAUAAAGAGAAUUCUGUCAGGCAGCAGCUCUCUCUCUUUCUCUCUUUCUCUCUCUCUUUCUUUCUCUCCCUCACGCUCUUUCACACACACACACACACACAUACACACGCGCGGACGCACGCACACACACGUGCGCACGCAGGGCGCGAGAGGGAGAGAGAAGAGGAUCAACAGCUGUCAGACCCCCCCCGCGCCGCGUGCGGUAAUGGUGACCCCUGCGCAGGCGGGGGGCUGAGGGGGGGCCGGGAGCGCAGCCCGAGGAGGAGGGGGAGGGGGGUAGGGGUAGGUGGGGGUGGGGGGGGGGAUCCCCGGGUCUCGGAGACCGCCGGCAUGGCCAGCUCUUUCGACAGCCACUUCGCCCGCAACGUGAUGUGGCAGUGCCAGCUCUCACAGCCGGACUGCCGCUGCUACCGCGUGGACGGCUACUCCCUGCUGAAGCGCCUCCCGCUGCACCCCCUCAUCGGGCCCCGCUGCCCCGUCCAGUCCGUGGGCCAGUGGCUGGACAACAUCGGCCUGGUCCAGUACGAGAACCACCUGCUGGCCAACGGCUUCGACAACGUGCAGUUCAUGGGCAGUAAUGUGGUGGAGGACCAGGACCUGCUGGAAAUCGGGAUUCUCAACUCGGCCCACAGACAGCGACUCCUUCAGGCCAUCCGCCUCCUGCCUAGGGUGCGGCCGAUUGGUUAUGAUGGGAACAACCCCACAUCAGUGGCAGAGUGGCUGGAGUCUCUGGAGCUGGGAGACUACACCAAAUCCUUCCUCAUCAACGGAUUCACCUCCAUGGAGCUGGUCAGGAAGAUCUGGGAGAUAGAGCUCAUCAAUAUGCUGAAGAUCAAUUAUAUCGGACACAGGAAGCGGAUUCUAGCCUCCCUGGGAGAUCGACUGCACGAGGACUUGCCCCAGAAACCCGGCCGGGCCAUCUCCUUACGGGAGCCGAUUGGGAACCACACACCCCCCCAGCUGUCCCCCUCCCUGGGUCAGAACCUGUACACCUCCAGCUCGCUGGACGUGCAGCACCUGAUGAUGCAGGCCGAAGCCCGCCGUCGCCGUAACGAUGCCUACUUCGAGGACGUCCCGCGCUCCAAGCUGGAGAGGCAGAUGGCCCAAGUCAGCAUGGCAGGCGAGUGGUGUGAGCCAAUCACGUUGAGGCCUCCCAACGAGGCGACGUCGUCCACGCCUGUGCAGUACUGGCAGCACCACCCGGAGAAGCUCAUCUUCCAGUCAUGUGACUAUGAGGCUUACUACCUGGGGUCCAUGCUGGUGAAGGAGCUGAGAGGGACGGAGUCCACCCACGAUGCCUGCGCAAAGAUGAGGAAGUCCACGGACCAGAUAAAGAACAUUCCGACCAUCAUCCUGUCCGUCUCCUACAAAGGGGUCAAAUUUAUCGACGCCACUAACAAGAACAUCAUCGCAGAACACGAGAUCCGGAACAUCUCAUGUGCUGCCCAGGACCCUGAUGAUCUCUCCACCUUCGCCUACAUCACCAAAGACCUCAAAUCCAGCCACCACUACUGUCAUGUCUUCACUGCCUUUGAUGUGAACCUGGCCUAUGAGAUCAUCCUGACGCUGGGGCAGGCGUUUGAAGUGGCGUAUCAGCUGGCCCUCCAGGCAAGGAAGAGUGGGCACGGGUCAUCCACUCUGCCAGAGAGCUUUGACAGCAAACCUGGGAAGCCCAUGGUCAAGCCACGGGGCAACAUCCGAAAGUCUAUGGAACAGCCCUCUAUGGACCAAAAGGGUCACGCCAACGUGCCGUGGAUUUUGGAGCCUGGACAGGAGGCCAAAAGGGGCGUCAACACCAAAUAUGAGACCACUAUUUUCUAGUAUGUGCACACUGUCCACUCCCAAGUGGGCGCACAGUCUAGAGCGCCCUCUAGAGGCUCCUCCCGGCAGAGUCACAGGCCGGGCGACCGUGUGACCCCCCCGCCGCCCAUCGCAGACCGUGGCCACCGCAUGACAGCGCCUCUCUCUCUCUCUCUCUCUCUCUUCCUCUGGAGGGCCCCGCAGAUGCACAGACACCACCCCCAAGGGUCCGCUUCUCCGUCCUGCCCUGUAGGGGGGGGCACUGGUGGACACAGUGCCAGUCACAUCUUGUCUCUGGACAGGCCCCCCCUCCCCUCCCCCACACAUACUUACUCUCCACCCAAAGCCUCUUUCGGGCAGAUUGUUAAACCUCUCGUUCAGUAACCUUCUGGCAUGGAGUGGGGCGCCAUCUUUUGGUGAGACCGAGGAACAACAAGAGAGGCUUUUUUUUUUUUUGAUGACUUCAGCUUCGAUGUGUAGGCUCAGACCGCCAGGAAGAACGUCUUGCUUUUUCACACGAUGUAGCAAACUGUACUUUUUAAAAGUUGAAGCCACAUGCCUUGCAAGCUUUCAUUCCGUCAGGCUUUCCUUUUGGUUUUUGAGCCAUUCCUUUUAAGUUCGUUUUAAUGCGAUCCUGCCGACAUUUCCUGUGGCCUGCGCGUGUUGUCCGCUUGAAGCAAACAGAUUCAGCUGGAUUGUCGCUAAUGGAGACCGUGUGUCCGAACACAAGAGGGAGCCGUCGAGGGAUACCGAGUUACCCAGUAAAGUCGGAGGGGGGGUGUUGUGUUGCUGCUCUUAUGCCGUCUUGCUUUGGUUCUCCUGGUGCAGCAUGGGGAGUGUAGUUCUGGACAUGGGCAGAGGGGACCCCAAGCUGAGAGACUGCAUUUCCCUGGGAAACUUGGCACCGGUGUUGUAGUCCCAUUCACAAGGCAGUGUGCGACACUCACGUCUCUCACUGUGGAAUUCAAGGAAUGUAGCCAGCCUGUAAACCUGGACCAACCAAACACAGCGUGCACAACUCACACAAACCCUGACAAAGGACUGUGGACCUGCAGCCAUCCCUUUUAACUGAAUGUAAACUUUGUACAAUGUAUGUUGUAAUGUUCGCAGCCCCUCCCCAGGGACCCCAAGGUUUUGACCUCAGGUUCAGCCGAAGGGGAGCAAGGACUUUAUUAAGAUUUGAGGGUCUAUUUUUGGUCAAGACCCAUAUAUGAAUCCAAAUAUAAUUGAUUAUUAAUAUGAAAAUGACUAUUAAUGUAAAUAGUAAUUAUUCAAAUUAUGGAUAUGUCUAAGAAUAUAAUUAUGGUUAUGAAUCUAUAUAUAUAUAUACACAUAUGAUUGCAGUUACAAUUAUGGUUAUAGAUAUGAUUGUCAUGAUUAUGAAUAUGAGUGUGAAUAUGGAUAUACUAAAUGUGAAUGGACUGGCGUUGUGAGAGUUAUUAGGUGAGUCAGUGAUCCGCACAAGUUAAUGAACUUGUGGAUUAUGAACACCCCAGCAAUAGACAUACCAUCCAAUUGAAUAUUAAAUUUGAUAAAUAUUAUUAUUAUUAUCAUCAUCAUCAUUAUUAUUAUUAUUACAAUGUUACUAUAGUCAAUGUUGUCUUAUUGUUACAUUAUUUUUCUCAAAUGUUCUGACCUGAAGUUAGACUUUAAGCUAAUUGGCAUCUAAAAAUGAAUAGAAGACGACUUUUUUUUUUCCAACCAUUGGAUGGGUAGAUGGCUAAAGUAAACCUGAGUUUGAGCAAAGAAAAUUGUGUAACUUCUUGUUUGGCUGAACUGUAAUUAAUGUCACACGUAAUAUUUUUGCUGCGGUACUAUUGUAAAAUAAAAAAAUGCAGUCCUCUUGUAAAUUAA